AGGGACCCGUGAGGUCUCUGGUUUCUCAGCAGUCGCCAACACGGAGGAAACAAACACGAGGUGUGGACAGAGGAGAGAGAGGGAAGGGGGCAAGACCUCGGUGCUGAUGAAGUCACGGUAAAUGUGCUCCCCCCGUGCUGAAAAGGGACCUGCGGCAGCAGCAGCCCCGCAGAGAGAGGAAGCCCAGCCCGAGCUCAGCACAGCAUGAGCGUCCCCGGGGUGCUGCUCAGCGUGGCUCUGCUCCUGCGGCAAGGGGGGUUUCCAGGGGCUGCCAGUGACACUGUGUCUCUGAAGGAGGGAGAAAACCUAAACCUACAUUGCACCUUCAGCACCCUCAGCGACAGCAACUCUACCCUGCAGUGGUUAAACCCUCACGGUUUCACCAUUUUCCUCAACGCUCAGCAGGUUUUAAGAGACCAGAGGUACAAACUGCUCCGUUAUUCCAGGGAUGAAUUAUCCAUCCAGCUGUCCAACAUGACAGUGCAGGAUGAAGGCGUUUACAGAUGCUUCUACUACAGCAGGCACUUCAAAAGGAAGAGCCAGAAUGUUGAGAUUUUGGCUGCUCCUUCCCAUCCAGUACUGGAAGUGUCCCAGGAUGCAGGAGGAGGUGUCAAACUGUCUUGCUACACCUGGGGAUGCAAACCCCAGCCCCAGAUUUCCUGGCUGUUGGACAAUGGGAUAGAGCUCCCAGGUGACACCAGGCACCAGCUGGGAGCUGAUGGGAAGAAAUGGAGCACAAGCAGCACCCUGAGAGUCCUCAGCUACAGCCCCAAAGUGACAGCCAGCUGCAUCAUCCAGCACCCUGCACUGAGGGGAGAGAGGCUGAUAGCAUCUCUCCACUUCCAGGACCUGCCCAGCACGGGAUCCAAACAACCAACCAGACUUUCAGAGGACGCAGAAGUUCCCAGCCCUUCAGAGAACCCAGGAGCUUCCAGUUCCCCAGAGGAUCCAGCAGUUCCCAGCCCUUCUGCAUCUCCAGAAGUUCCAGCAGUUCCCAGCCCUUCUGCAUCCCCAGAAGUUCCAGCAGUUCCCAGCCCUUCUGCAUCCCCAGAAGUUCCAGCAGUUCCCAGCCCUUCUGCAGCCCCAGAGGAUCCAGCAGUUCCCAGCCCUUCUGCAGCCCCAGAGGAUCCAGCAGUUCCCAGCCCUUCUGCAUCCCCAAAAGUUCCAGCAGUUCCCAGCCCUUCUGCAGCCCCAGAGGAUCCAGCAGUUCCCAGCUCAGCACCACCAGCCCAGCAAACCCCCACAGAUGUCACAUCGAAUGGGCCUGAAGAAACGACAACAGCAGAAGAAUUGGGAGGUUCAUCGAGUUCUGGGGGUUUCAGUGGGACUGAAACAGCAGCCAGUGGAAAUGCCACAGAAGAGGAACCUCCCAGGACAGAGGUGCCAGCACCAUGUGAAAACGUGACUGCGAUUUCCACCCUCACCCUCGAGCAAAAUCCCAAAUCCAAAGGCAUCCUAAAGAAGGAGAAGAAUCUCCUGCUGCCAGUCCUGGUGGCUGCCCUGAUUUUCGUGCUGCUCAUCAUUGUCCUGCUCUUCAUGGUGAAGCUGAAGAAAGCCCACGGAGUGUGGAAGAGAGAAAAUGAUGUUUCAGAGCAGACACUUGAGAGUUAUAAAUCCAGAUCUAACGAAGACAGUCCGGGCCAUGAGAAGAACGGGCAAGCUGUCAAUCCCAAAUCCAACACGCAAUAUGUAACAGAAGGAUAUGUGGAAACCCCAGAGAAGAAUCUGGAAACCACAGAGAAGAAUCCAGGCGACAAAAACAUGGCAAUAAGUGAGAAAAUGUUCAGGUGUGGAAGAGAGACAGAUAUCUAACAAUGGAAAACGUGCAGGAAACUGCAGUUUCCUGAUAUUUGUGUUCAAGUUUUCAGGGAUCUUGAUUUCAAGGAGCAGAAGGACAAAGAGCUGCCCUCCAGCCCAAAGCCACCUGGGGCUGGUUUGGUUACCCAGCAGGACAGGCAGAUGGGACUGGUGCUCCUGGAAACCUGGACUGGUUCACCUGUAACCCUCAGGGGAUUUUACAACCACUGCCAGAAACAGCUCACCAACCCCACGGCAAUCAGGGUCCUGUGAAGACAUCCAGGCCCAAAUGAAGAUAUUUAUGUGUUGCUUUGGUCGCCUCCUCUGUGACCAUGGGACUGAGCAGGGAAUCCUACAAACCAACUGUGGCUUUUAUUUCCUUCCUGUGACCCCAAACCUGGACUUCCAGCUGGAUUUAACCCAGCUGAGAAGCUGCCUGAUGUCCAAAGGGUUAUAAAAACCAGAAGUCCAACCCAAAUUAGUGAAUGAUUUUAUGAUUCUGUGAAGUCUUCAGAUGUGCAGAGGAUGUUCCACGUGGGACUGCCCAAAUCCUGGAAUGAGGUCAGCAGCAGAGCUGCGAGUUCCCCAGGACCUGACAGCCACAGAGCUCUGCCACACCAUCCCAGGGAACCUUUCCUGUUCCAGAAGGGUAAAAGCAGAUCCCUAAAAUAAAGGAAAUGUGGAGCACAAUGAUUUUUAUCAUUUGCAGACUCACAGAACAGCUGGGGUGGGAAGGGAGCUCUGGAGAUCACCCAGUCCAACCCCCGUGCCCAGGCAGGCUCACCUGGAGCAGGUGACACAGGGACACGUCCAGAUGUGUCCAGAUGGCUCCAGACAGGGAGAAUCCAAAGCCUCCCUGGGCAGCUGCUCCAGGGCUCUGCCACCCUCAUGGAAAAAAGUUCUUCCUCGUGUUGAGGUGUAACUUGUGUUUUAUUUUAUGGCCGUUGCUCCUCAUCCUGUCACUGGCACCACUAAAGAGUCUGGGACCAUUCUCUGGCACCCCUUGGAUAUAUUUGUAUGGGUUGAUGAGACCCUCUUUCAGUCUUGUCUUCCCCAGACAGUCUCUCCUCAUAAGACAGAUGCUCCAGACCCCUCAUCAUCCCUUUGGCUUCCACUGGAUCCCCUCCAGCACCUCCCUGCACCGAGAAGCCCAGAACUGGACACUGUAAAUCUCACGAAUCUCAUUAAAUAAAUCACAUUCGAGCCUAUUA